GUUGGCCGAAGCCAGCCAGCUCAGCGAUCGCCGCGAACAAAAGGUCGAGCUGCACCGAAAGACCGGCACGCUCAGAGAGCUCAUUCGCGCCUCGAAGGAGGCUCGGGCUGGACAGCGCGAGUUUCCCGACUCCCUUCUCAGCAAAAUCAAGGUCAAGCCCCCGCCCCAAAAGCGAAGCCAAACCACCACGACUCAGAAAGUCGAGUAUGAGCAAAAACGACAGAAGAUAGAGGGCGAGACGGCCAGAACCAAGGGCGGGAUGGAGAUCAUCCACGAGGAUCCCAACGCAGCCCGUCCGUCCUCUGCCCAUCGGUCCUUCAAGGAAAAGCUCGUGGACUUUUUGAUCGACAAACAGAGCCACAGAGUCAAAGUCGAGUCUGCCGACGAAACAGCGGGUAUGCUUCUGAAGAACAUGGACCCCAACUAUCUCCCCGAUGGCAGGGUGGCUGACGCCGUCAGGGCCUCAUCCAGCGAUCGGCUUGAGGCUACUGACGAUGAAGAUGCGCACGUGAUUGCGUUCUUCAAGUACUUUGAUGCAAACAUCAAGUCGCACUACGUCAGCAAUCUCAGCCCCCAGUGGAUCGAAAACAUACUGAACGCCAUCCCCGACAACCUGCCGGACAAAUACCCUGACGUCACCCGGAGUAUUCUUGGCGAGAUCCAACAAGAAUACACCAACAGCGGCAAGCAGUCAGCAGUGGAUUAUAUCCUCAAGUCGCCGGUGAAGAAGUCGGACCAAAGCGAGAGCGCCAAGACCGCAGGCAAGCCUGUGUAUUUUCCCCAGGACAAGUGCCCGUUUCCAGCUGGAUGGAAGACGCAAUUCAUGGACGCCUAUCAAAAGAUGGAAAGGAACCUGUUCAUCACUCAUCCGCUAAUGAUCAGGCUCCUCGAAACGUGGGGCAUAUACAACAGCUUGAGCUUUGUAGAUGUGGAUGAGAUCAAGAGCAACCCGCAUGCCUUCCGUGUCUCGGGAUUUAAGUCGAUGCUCCUUGUCCACUCUGAAAAGUGCCGAGACAAGAUGCUCAACAACUGGUAUAUGACCGUUCUGAAGCACUUUGCAGACUGCUUUCUGCGCACCAAGAAGAAAGAAGCCGCUUCUCGCCCCCCAGACAACUUCUUUCGGUCAGCUUCCAUUCUGAUCUAUAACCAGAUUCUGUCGAUCAUCACAAACUCGCUCGGUCGCUAUGUCAAGCUGUUUUCUGCGCGGCCAAUCGAGAUGCCCUCUGAAAAUACCGAUCUCGUGCCGAUGCGGGAACAUGCCCCGCGUUUUGUUGUGCGCUUGAUUUUGAACGAGUCGAAAAUCGAGUUCGAGCCGCCGCUUGAAGAGAUCGGAACAACGAUCGUUGACUGUCUCGAGUAUGUCGUGCGGACCGUCGAGUCGGUUCCCAAGAUAGAAACGAUUCUCUACAGCUCGCAGGGCGAGCAGCUCCUCAACAACACACUCGAAGGCAUCAUGCGGUCCACGGACGACCAGAACGAGAUGAAAAUCAUUCCCGAGAGCGCAAUCGUCGAUGCCGCGGAGAAGCACUUGCGGCAGUACUCGCAAGAGUGCUUCGAUGUUGCCAACGAGUAUGUCCGACGGUACGAAAAGUACCAGGCAAUGUUUGCCAGUGAUGUCGAUGACGACAUUGCCAAGUUCUUUUCAGAGGACCAUUCCUUUGAAGAUUACACCGAGGCGAUUGGAAGAUAUCGCGAAAGGGCCUCCGAAAUCAUGAACAAUCCACGCAGCGUGGACUUGCCCAUGGUGGCGCUACGCUGCGAUGAGUUGCACAAGGCUCUCGCAAGCAAGUCCAUGGAGCUUUCGAACCAGUUCCUCAACAAAAUCAUUCAAACAAAUGCCGAACAUCAGCAAAGCAUCUGUCGGCGAUACGAGGUAAUCCAAGAAAAGGCCCUGCGGAUUCCAGAGAACUUCAAGGAAAUGGCCGACCAGAUGGCUUACAUGGACGAAGUCCGCAAUGUCGAGUUGCCCUCCCUCCUGACCGAGCUCGAGGAGGCCCGGAAGCGCCUCUCGUAUAUACUCAACUUCUCGGCCUUGACCGAGGAGCACAUCAAUCUCAACAACGUCACCUUCACUUGGCCCGUGCGAAUCGUUCCCAUCCUCGAGAGACACAACGAAAUCAUUGGCGAGGCUCGCGAAAAGUCCGAAGUCAGUCUGAAGGAGCGCCGCACAAAGUUUGAGCAGGAGCUGGAUGAAUUUGCUGCCCAGGUGGAAGAUCUCAAGGACGUCGGAGACCUCGACGAAAUGCCCUUCUACGUCAAGAAGGUCCAGACCCUGGCCAAGCAGCUCCAAACGGCCUCGGACACCAUCGCCUCAUUCAACCGCGAAGAGCAGCUCUUUGGCUGGAGCGUCACAGUCUAUCCUCAGCGCAAACAAAUCCUGGCCGCGCUCGAACCCUACCAGGCGCUCUAUACAACAGCCGUGAACUUUCAAAAGUCCUAUAAGCGGUGGAUGGACGGAGGCCUGCUGGAGCUGGACGCAGAGGUGAUCGAGCAGGAGGUUGACGCCCUCAAGCGAGAAAUGUACCGCGUGGUCGGAACACUUGUUCAGGCAGCAGCUCCCCAGAACUUGGCAAAACAAGUGCGUGAAAAGAUCGAUGAGUUCAUGGUCAACAUCCCCGUGAUUCGAGUUCUAUGCAACCCUGGUAUGCGCGACCGACACUGGAACAAGCUCUCUGCUGUCGCCGGGUUUGACAUCAAGCCCGACAGCACAAGUUCUCUGAGGAAGAUGCUCAAGAACAACCUCGAGCAGUUUCUUGAUCCUUUCCAGGAAGUUAGCGAUGCGGCAUCAAAGGAGUACACGCUCGAGAAGAACUUGACCAAGAUGGUGACUGAGUGGGACCCGCUCGAGCUCACUCUCCUCGCCUACCGCGAGACAGGAACCUUCAUUCUCUCCUCUGUCGAGGAGGCACAGCAGCUGCUCGACGACCAGAUUGUCAAGACACAGUCCAUGCGCGGCAGCCCGUACAUCAAGCCGUUUGAGCAGCAGAUCAAAGAAUGGGAGAAAAAGCUGCUCACGACACAGGAGAUUCUGGAUGAGUGGCUCAAGGUUCAGGCGACGUGGUUGUACCUCGAGCCCAUCUUUAGCUCCGAGGACAUCAUGAACCAAAUGCCAGAGGAAGGCCGAAAGUUCCGAAUGGUGGACCAAAGCUGGAAGAAGAUCAUGGGGAUUGUCAACGAAGACCGCCAUGUCCUCAAGGUCACCGACAUCCCCAAUCUUCUUGACGACAUGCAAAAGAACAACGUCCUGCUGGAAGAGAUUCUGAAGGGCCUCAAUUCGUAUCUGGAGCUCAAGCGCUUGUACUUCCCGCGCUUCUUCUUCUUGUCAAACGACGAGAUGCUGGAGAUCCUGUCCGAGACCAAGGACCCCACACGUGUCCAGCCCCAUCUCAAAAAGUGCUUCGAGGGCAUUGCCACGCUUGACUUUGACGACAAACUGGACAUCCUGGCCAUCCAGUCGAGCGAAAAAGAGCGGCUCCCGCUGGCACAGCGAAUCUCGACGGCCGAGGCAAAGGGAUCGGUCGAAAAGUGGCUCUCGCAGGCAAGCCCAGUCGAGUCGCUCAUGCUCAGAAGUGUCCAUUCGGUCAUGGAAGAGGCCUACAUAGCCUAUCCGCAGAAGCCCCGCGCUCAAUGGGUACUGGACUGGCCGGGACAAGUUAUUCUGUGCGUCAGCUCUAUUUUCUGGACGUCUGAUGCCGAGAAGGCCAUCGAAGGUGGAAAGAAGGGCCUGGAGAACUUCCACGCCAAACUGAACUCGGACUUAUCUGACGUCAUCCGACUCGUUCGCGGGCAGUUGAGCAAGAUGGCGCGCCUGACGCUUGGUGCACUGGUCGUCAUCGAUGUCCACGCCCGUGAUGUUAUCCAGCUGCUUGCUGCCGAGGGCAUCAGUGACAUCAGCGACUUCAGCUGGCUCGCGCAGCUGCGCUACUACUGGGAGGAUGAAAAUGUCAUGGUCAAAAUGAUCAACGCCCAGCGGCUGUACGGAUACGAGUAUCUGGGCAACUCGCCCCGCCUCGUGAUCACGCCCCUGACGGAUCGCUGCUACCGCACUCUGUUUGGUGCCUUGCAUCUCAACCUCGGAGGUGCCCCGGAGGGCCCUGCCGGCACAGGCAAGACCGAGACAACCAAGGAUCUCGCCAAGGCCCUGGCCAAACAGUGCGUCGUCUUCAACUGCUCAGAUGGCUUGGACUACCUUGCCAUGGGCAAGUUCUUCAAGGGACUUGCCUCUGCUGGGGCCUGGGCCUGCUUCGACGAGUUCAACCGCAUCGAUCUCGAGGUGCUUUCGGUCGUCGCACAGCAAGUGUUGACGAUCCAGCGCGCUAUAGCCAUGAAGGCGCGCGACUUUAUGUUCGAAGGCACCAAGCUGGUGCUCAAUCCAACGUGCGCCGUGUUCAUCACCAUGAAUCCAGGCUAUGCUGGCCGAUCCGAGCUGCCGGACAACCUCAAGGCCCUGUUCCGUACCGUCGCCAUGAUGGUGCCCGACUACACCCUCAUAGGCGAGAUAACCCUGUACUCGUUUGGCUUUAUCGAGGCGCGCAACUUGGCCCGCAAGAUCACCGCCACCUAUCGACUUUGUUCCGAGCAGCUGUCGUCGCAGGACCACUACGACUACGGCAUGCGGGCGGUGAAGAGUGUCCUCACCGCUGCCGGCAACCUCAAGCUCAAAUAUUCAGAGGAGGACGAGAACAUCCUGGUGCUGCGGUCCAUUAUCGACGUCAAUCUCCCAAAGUUCCUGUCGCAGGACAUUGCCCUGUUUAAAGGCAUUGCUACGGACCUGUUUCCGGGCGUACAGCUGCCAAAGCCUGACUACGAGCUGCUCGAAGGUGCAAUCCAGAAGGCUUGCGCCUCGAUGCAUCUGCAAAUGGUGCCCCCGUUCCUCGAGAAGAUCAUACAACUCUACGAGAUGAUGCUGGUCCGCCACGGCUUCAUGCUUGUUGGCGAGCCAUUUGCUGGCAAGACGUCGGCAUACCGGGUGCUCGGGGAUGCCUUGGGCGAUUUGGCAGUGACCCAGGGCGGCGAAGAGUGGCAGAAGGUGCAGUUCAAGGUCAUCAACCCCAAAUCGAUCACCAUGGGCCAGUUGUACGGCCAGUUUGAUCCGGUUUCGCACGAAUGGACGGACGGCGUUUUGGCGACGUCGUUUCGAAGCUUCGCCAGCUCUACGAGCCCGGAUCGCAAGUGGGUCGUUUUUGACGGGCCUGUGGACGCCAUCUGGGUCGAGAACAUGAACACUGUCCUGGACGAUAACAAGAAGCUUUGUCUCAUGAGCGGCGAAAUCAUCCAGCUAUCCAACACAAUGAGCUUGGUGUUCGAGGUCAUGGACCUGGCUGUGGCUUCGCCUGCAACAGUGAGUCGCUGCGGAAUGGUCUACAUGGAGCCUGAGCGACUCGGGUGGCGGCCGCUCCUCAGUUCGUGGCUCGAGCGCAUGGAAACUCUGCGCCCAGAGUAUGCCAAGUACAUCAGCCAGCUCUUUGAGAUCUUUGUGCCUCCGUCAAUCCAGUGCGUUCGCAAGGACUGUCGUGAGCUCUCCCCAACAUCCGAUAUCGGUCUUGUCAACUCGCUCAUUCGGCUGCUCGACAGCCAGAUCGCCGAGUUCCAGGAGGCCAAGGUGACAAAAAACGACAGUCUGCUUAAACAACGACUCGAGUGCUUCUUUUUGUUUUCGCUUGUCUGGUCGGUUGGCGGCAGCGUUGAUACCCCAAGCCAGCUCAAGUUCGACCACAUGCUUCGUAGCCUGCUCUCGCGCCUGAGCACUCCGCUCACUCUGCCUAUUCCCGAUGAGGGAACCGUUUACGACUAUGUCUUCGAGACGAACGAGGAUGCCGAUCGAUGGACGCUCUGGCUCAGCACCAUUCAGCCAACCCCCAUUCCAGCCGAGGCAGAGUUCAACGACAUUGUCAUCCCGACAAAGGACACGGCACGCUACAACUAUCUCAUGGACCUCUUGAUCACCCACAACAAGGCCUUCCUGAUUGUCGGGCCAACCGGCACGGGCAAGUCCAAGUACAUCGGAAGCAAGCUCCUCACGGGGGUCUCCAAGGAACGAUACAUCCCGCUCUUCAUCAACUUUUCAGCGCGCACGAGCGCCAACCAAACCCAGGACAUUGUCAUGUCCAAACUCGACAAGCGGCGCAAGGGUGUCUUUGGUGCCCCUGUCGGGCGCCGGUUCCUGAUCUUCAUCGACGAUCUGAACAUGCCAGCCAAAGAGCAGUACGGUGCCCAGCCCCCGAUUGAACUGUUUCGCCAGUGGUUUGAUCAUGGCAACUGGUACGACAAGAAGGACACCUCUCGGCUGGAACUCAUCGACAUUCAAAUCAUGAGUGCAAUGGGUCCGCCAGGCGGUGGCCGCAAUGCGGUAACACCGCGGUUUCUGCGGCACUUCAACCAAAUCGUCAUCAACUCCUUUGACGACAUAACCAUGUCGCGCAUCUUCAACUCAAUCUUGGACUGGCACUUCAAUCGCUUCGAGUUUACCGAGGAAGUGAUCUCGCUGGGCACCAAGAUCGUCGAUGCCACGACCAACAUCUACAAGUGGGCCGUGGAAAACCUGCUGCCAACGCCCGCAAAGACCCACUAUACGUUCAACCUGCGGGACUUUUCAAAGGUCAUCCAAGGCCUAGUUCUGUCCAAGCCGGCGUUCUUCCCCGACAGCGCCAACAUCAUCCGGCUCUGGGUGCAUGAGGUCUACCGGGUGUACUACGACCGCCUGGUCACCGACGACGAUCGAUACAGCAUCUUCUCGCACAUCCUGGAUGUUGUGAAGCAGUGCUUUGAUUGCGAGCCAGACGAGAUCUUUGCCCGGAUCGCCACAGGAGAGGAUAAUGUUCUCAUGGAGGAGGACAUGAGAUCGCUGAUUUUUGGGGACAUUCUGAGCAAGGGCAAGCCUGGAGCAGAGGCCGAUUACAUCGAGCUCAAGAGCUACGACCAGAUCACAGAGAUUGUGCAGACCUUUAUGAACGAGUACAACCAAGUCAAAAAAGCCAAGCUCAACUUGGUGCUCUUCCGAUUUGCUGUCGAGCACGUUGCCAAGAUUUGCCGUAUUCUGAAGCUGCCUGGCGGCAACGCCCUCUUGGUCGGCGUCGGAGGAAGUGGACGCCAGAGCCUCGCUCGGCUCGCCUCGUUUAUAUCGCAGUACGAGCUCUUCCAAAUCGAGAUCUCAAAGCAGUACGGCAGAAACGAAUGGAGAGAGGAUCUCAAACGCAUCCUGCUCCUCGCCGGGGCCGACAAUCGAAAGACCGUGUUCUUGUUUCCGGACACCCAGAUCAAGGAAGAGUCAUUCAUCGAGGAUGUCAGCAACCUACUCAACGCCAGCGACGUGCCCAAUCUGUUUGCAGCCGACGAACGACAGACAAUCAUCGAGCGCUGUGUCGAGAACGCCAACGAGGAAGGAAAGGCCGGCGAUGGAUCCCCUGCAGCGCUCUACAACUACUUUGUCUCGCGCGUCCGAAACAACCUGCAUAUCAUUUUGUGCAUGAGUCCCAUCGGCGACGCCUUCCGAUCGCGACUGCGGCAGUUCUCGUCGAUUGUCAAUUGCUGCACCAUCGAUUGGUUCCAGGCUUGGCCAGACGACGCUCUCCAGGCCGUUGCCAAGCAGUUUCUGCAUGACAUUGACACGGACGAGUCCAUCAACGAAGCCAUCGUGUCCAUGUGCCGCCUGUUCCACCAAUCGGUGAUAUUCCUCUCGGAAAAGUUCCGGCUGAGCCUCUCCCGCCACAACUAUGUCACGCCAACGAGCUACCUUGAGCUGCUCCAUGCCUACAAGACGCUGCUGGCUGCCAAGCGCAGCGAGGUGUCGGCAAUCAAGUCGCGCUAUGCAAACGGCCUGAACAAGCUGCAGUUUGCGGCCGAGCAAGUCAUGCGCAUGCAGCGCGACCUCGGUGAUCUCCAGCCCCAGCUCAAGCGCACCUCCGAGGAAACCACCGAGAUGCUUCUCAAGAUCCAGAAGGAAUCUGUUGAAGUGGAAGCGACCAAGAGCACUGUCGCUGCGGACGAGGCUGUGGCCUCUGCCAAGGCAGAGGAGGCCCAGGCAAUCAAAAACGAGUGCGAAAACGAGCUCGCCCAAGCGCUCCCACUCCUGAACGCCGCCUUGGCAGCCCUCGAUACCCUCAAGAAGAGCGACAUUGAUCUGGUCAAGGCGAUGAAGAACCCGCCGGACGGCGUCAAACUUGUCAUGGAGGCUGUCUGUGUCAUGAAGGACAUGAAGCCGGAGAAGGUUCCAGAUCCAUCCGGCUCCGGAAGGAUGGUCUUUGACUACUGGAAGACCUCCCUCAAGAUGCUGGGAGACCCAAAGUUCCUGGAAACCCUCAAGAUGUUUGACAAGGAUGAUAUCCCGGCGCACGUCAUCAAGAAGAUUCGGCAGACCUACAUCCCGAAUCCCGAAUUCAAGCCCGACAAGGUCCGGAACGCCUCAUCGGCUGCCGAGGGCCUGUGUACCUGGAUCGUUGCGAUGGAAUCGUAUGACCGCGUGGCCAAGGUGGUGGCCCCGAAGCAAAUCGCCCUUGCCCGCGCCGAAGCGGAACUGGCCGAGACCAUGGCAGGUCUGGCUGAGAAACGGGCAACGCUCAAAUCCGUGGUUGAUCGCCUGCAGGCCCUCGACGACAACCUCACGGCGCUCUCUCGAAAAAAGGACAGGCUCGAGAAGGAGGUCAAGAGCUGCGAGGAGCAGCUCGACCGUGCGCAGAAGCUUCUGGGUGGACUCGGCGGCGAGAAGCAGCGCUGGACGGAAGUCGUCCACCAGCUCGACGGAACCCUCUAUCAUCUGACCGGAGAUGUGCUGAUCUCGGCCGGUGUGAUCGCCUAUCUUGGCGCAUUCACCAAAAUGUAUCGACUCGAGUGCAUAAACGAGUGGCUGAAAAACUGUCGCGAGUACCGCAUCCCAUGCUCCGACACAUUCUCCCUCGACAAGACCCUGGGCGACCCGAUCAAGAUCCGCGCCUGGAAUAUUGCUGGACUGCCGACCGACCAGUUCUCGAUCGACAACGGAAUCAUUGUCCAGAACGCGCGCCGAUGGCCGUUGAUGAUCGACCCGCAGGGCCAAGCCAACAAGUGGGUCAAGAACAUGGAGAAGGACAACAACGUCAUCAUCAUCAAGCUCACAGACAACGACUACAUCCGCAAUCUUGAAAACGCCAUCCAGUUUGGCGUGCCAGUGCUGCUCGAGAACGUGAAGGAGGAACUCGAUCCAAUCCUCGACACCAUCCUGCAGAAGCAGACCUUCAAGUCGGGCGGCACAACCUGCAUCCGUCUCGGCGACGCCGUGGUUGAGUACUCGCCCAACUUUCGACUGUACAUCACCACCAAACUCCGGAAUCCGCACUAUCUGCCCGAGCUUGCUGUCAAGGUCUCACUACUAAACUUUAUGAUCACGCCAGAGGGUCUGGAAGAUCAGCUUCUCGGCAUCGUCGUCCAGAAGGAGCGACCUGAGCUGGAAGACGAGAAAACACAGCUGAUUCUGCAGUCGGCCGAAAACAAGCGCAAGCUCAAGGAAAUCGAGGACCAGAUCCUGCAGAUUCUCUCGUCGGCCGAGGGCAACAUCCUGGAGAACGAAACCGCGAUCGAGGUUCUGUCGUCGUCGCGGGUUAUUUCCGUUGAGCUGUUCGAGAAGCAAAAGAUCGCCGAGGAAACCGAGCACAAGAUCGACGAAACUCGCGAGUCGUAUCGGCCGAUUGCACGACACUCGUCCAUCCUCUUUUUUUGCAUCGCCGACGUUGGGAACAUUGACCCGAUGUACCAGUAUUCGCUGGUGUGGUUCAUUGAUCUGUUUGCAAACGCCAUCGUGACAUCGGCAAAGUCCAGCAUCCUCAAGCGACGGCUGAAGAACCUGGAAACCCACUUCACGUACUCGCUGUACUGCAACGUCUGUCGAUCGCUCUUCGAGAAGGACAAGUUGCUGUUCUCGCUGAUGCUGUGCUACAACAUUCUCAAGAGCCGCGAUGAAAUCGACGAGAGCGAGUUCCAGUUUUUCUUGACCGGUGGAAUCGGUCUUGCCGCCCCAAGCUCGGCCAAUCCAGCUCCCGGGUGGCUCUCGGACAAAUCGUGGUCGGAGAUCUGCCGACUCUCUGAUCUACCCGCAUUCAAAGCAAUGAAGGACGAAUUUGUGCCAAUCGAGUGGAAGAUUUAUGCCGAAAGCAACGAGCCACACAUGCUGACGCCGCCGGGCAAGUGGUCCGCGCUCAACGACUUCCAGAGGCUGAUACUGACUCGCAUUAUGCGGCCCGAGAGAGUCGUCCCUGGCAUCCAAGAGUACAUCAAGAUCAAGAUGGGUCACAAGUUUAUCGAGCCGCCCAACUUCAAUCUGGCCGAGAGCUUUGAUGACUCGAGCAACAGAACGCCGCUGAUCUUUAUUCUGUCACCAGGAGUGGAUCCUAUGGCGCAGCUCCUGAAGUUUGCCGAUGACAAAGGCUUCUCGGGCGCAAAGUGCCAGUCCAUUUCACUCGGCCAAGGCCAGGGUCCAAUCGCCGCUGCGAUGAUCAAGGACGCUCAGAAGCUCGGCACAUGGGUUGUGCUCCAGAACUGCCAUUUGGCGGUCAGCUGGAUGGGUGUCUUGGAGAAGAUUGUUGACGACAUGACUUCGGGUGCUGUCCACAAGGAGUUCCGACUGUGGCUUACCAGCUACCCGAGCCCAAAGUUCCCGUCCUCCAUCCUGCAGGCCGGUGUCAAAAUGACAAACGAGCCGCCAAAGGGGCUGCGAGCCAAUCUGAUCAAGAGCUAUCUGUCCGACCCCAUUUCCAACGAAAAGUUCUUCUACGGGUGCUCGAAGCCUGCCGAGUGGGAGAAGCUGCUGUUUGGGCUGUGUACCUUUCAUGCCAUUGUGCAGGAACGGCGCAACUUUGGCCCACUUGGAUGGAAUAUUCCGUACGAGUUCAACGAGUCUGACCUGAGAAUUAGCAUCCGACAAUUGCAAAUGUUCUUGGACGACUAUGCCGAGAUCCCAUUCAAGGCCCUGACCUACCUGACGGGCGAGUGCAACUACGGCGGGCGAGUGACCGACGACUGGGACCGCAGGACGCUGAUGAGCAUCUUGACGACGUUCUACAACCCGGCGGUGAUCGAGGAGGCUCAGUACAAGUUCUCGCCCUCGGGUAUAUACUAUGUGCCGCCGCGGGGCAAGUACGAGAGCUAUCUCGAUUAUAUGAAGGCACUGCCGCUGAACCCGAGUCCAGAAAUCUUUGGCAUCCACGACAACGGCGACAUUGCGCGGCAGCUCGCGGAAACAAAAGGGCUGUUUGACUCGAUCCUGAAGACCAUGGAGGGCAGCUCGGGCUCGUCAGGGGCCGGAGGCAAGUCCAACGACGAGAUCUUGAUCGAGGUCGCAACCGACAUUCUGUCCCGUGUGCCCGCCACGUUCAUGAUCGAGGCCGCCAUCCAGAAGUACCCCGUGAACUACAACGAGAGCAUGAAUACGGUCCUGAUCCAGGAGAUGAUUCGGUUCAACCGUCUGAUCCAAGUGGUACUCGUGAGCCUCGUCAACGUCCAGAAGGCGAUUCGCGGCUUCAUUGUGCUCUCGGCCGAGCUGGAAGAAGUGUGCAAGAGCAUCUUGGUGGGUCGAGUGCCGGCCAUGUGGGCAGCCAGGUCAUAUCCGUCGCUCAAGCCGCUUGCAGCCUACGUCAACGACCUGGUUGCCCGAAUCAGGUUCUUCCAGGAGUGGUACGAGCAGGGUUGCCCGAAGGCUUUUUGGAUGGCUGGGUUCUUCUUUACGCAGUCGUUUAUCACAGCAACGCUGCAAAACUAUGCCCGCAAAAACACCAUCCCGAUCGACGAGCUUGGACUCGAGUUUGAGGUCCUGAAGACUCCCAGUGAUCAGGCGCAGCAGCUGCUCCCACCGACCAGCGGCGUGCAUGUCUUCGGCAUCUUCCUCGAGGGCGGCCGGUGGGACCGCAACACGGGAUACCUGGGCGAGUCUCUGCCCAAGGUGCUCUUCGACACCCUGCCUGUGAUCUGGUUCAAGCCUGUUCGCCAGGCCGACAUCAAGAAGGACAACCUGUACGUCUGUCCGAUCUACAAAACCAGCGCGCGGAGAGGCGUGCUGUCGACCACGGGUCACUCGACCAACUUUGUCAUUCCGAUCCGGCUGCCAUCGGACAAGCCAGAGAAGCACUGGAUCAUGCGCGGCGUCGCAGCACUGCUGCAACUGGAUGAUUAACUUCCCCCAAGGCAACCCGGACCGUUUUUGUCGACACGGGUGUAGGCUGGAUGACUGAGUUGAGGGAAUAUACCCGAUUGAAGGGAAACCAGAGCGACCACCGAUCACGUCAGCAAUAUAGGCGUCUCGCUUUGCUUUGUAAGAGCUGUGAAAG